GUUAAACGGUGAUAAACACAAGAGGAAACAGGAACACACAGGGCAGUUUGUAACCAGAGAACACGGGUGUAUUCAGCAGGGACGCAGGGAAGAAAAAUCCCCAAAUAACUGCUGCGGGGAUACCUCACUGCAAAGGCCGGGAUUGGCACUCCGACUGACAGGGAGAGGCACACGCACAGCCCCGGUAUCUCACGGGUGGUGGUUUGGCCGGAGUGAGUCAGGCAGAGUAAAACACGGAGGGGCAGAAGCAGGGAGACAGAUGGAAAGAUGGAGACCCCAGUGUGAACAGCGAGCUCAGCUGUGUUAAACAAAGCUCAGCCAAGCUAGGAGACUUCCAGGACCAUGGCUGACAGGCUGUUUGGUUUCUCAGCCAACAGGCGCAUCGUCGCUGGGCUGCUGGUCAACCUGCUGUCCUCCAUCUGCAUUGUCUUCAUCAACAAGUGGAUCUAUGUACACUAUGGCUUCCCCAACAUGACCCUUACCCUGGUUCACUUUGUGGUCACCUGGCUGGGACUCUACAUCUGCCACAAAAUGGAUGUUUUCUCUCCAAAGAGCCUCCCAGUUCGCAGGAUCGUGUGGCUGGCUCUGAGUUUCUGCGGGUUUGUGGCCUUCACCAACCUUUCCCUGCAGAACAACUCGAUAGGAACGUACCAGCUGGCCAAAGCCAUGACCACACCUGUCAUCAUCCUCAUCCAGACCACCUACUACAAGAAGACCUUCUCCACUAAGAUUAAACUCACACUGGUGCCCAUAACAUUAGGAGUGAUAUUGAACUCGUACUAUGAUGUGCGGUUCAACCUGCUGGGGACAGUGUUUGCAGCACUGGGUGUUCUGGUGACGUCGCUUUACCAAGUGUGGGUGGGGGCUAAACAACAUGAGCUCCAGGUGAACUCCAUGCAGCUCCUGUACUAUCAGGCUCCUCUGUCGUCAGGCUUCCUGCUCUGCAUCGUUCCUUGCUUUGAGCCUCUGACUGGAGAUGGAGGAAUAUUUGGACCCUGGUCUCUGCCUGCUCUGAUGACAGUGCUGUUCUCAGGUGUGGUGGCAUUCCUGGUCAACCUGUCCAUCUACUGGAUCAUUGGAAACACCUCAGCUGUCACCUACAACAUGUUUGGUCAUUUUAAAUUCUGCAUCACCCUGAUUGGAGGAUACCUGCUCUUCCAUGACCCCCUCUCACUCAACCAGGCACUGGGGAUCCUCUGUACUCUGGCAGGAAUCCUGUCUUACACUCACUUCAAACUGGUUGAACAGGAGGAGGGGAAGAGCCGCCUGGCUCAAAGACCAUAGAGUGACUUACCUGUCCAUCAAGUGCACGGACUCCUGCCAUUGGCUGCGCACAGUGUGACUGGCAGCAGAGACCUCUUUAUAUAUUUUUUAUUUUAUUAUGAGUAUUUUUUUAGGGAAGUUAAGAAUUUUAUCGUGGUUCCCAGACAGGAUUAAAUGCGUACUACAUAUCAACAUGUCA